CCCCCUUUCUCUUCGCUCUUCGCCCUUCCUUCCUACCUGUGCUGCCUUCCUGGCAACCUGUCUCAGCAAUUAAGCUAAUUCCUUGGCCCGGCAAUGGCUAGGGUUGAGCUCCUCGCGCUGCUGUGCCUCGCGGGCACCCUGGGCGCGCAGGCCACCGCCGGCCCCCGCCCCGAUGCGAGGGUCGGCGUGUACGAGCUCAAGCUGGGGGAUUUCUCCGUCAAGGUCACCAACUGGGGCGCCCGAUUAAUGUCCGUCGUCCUUCCCGACUGCAAAGGGAACUUGGCUGAUAUCGUCCUGGGCAGAGAUACCGUCGCUGAAUACUUUAACGACACUUCUUACUUUGGACCGAUAACCGGCCGCGUGGCUCAGCGGAUAUCGAGGGGCCGGUUCGUCCUCGACGGGAAAGUCUACCACCUGCAACGAAACGACGGCAGGAACACGAUUCACGGUGGUGGCACAGCGUUCAGCAAAAGCGUCUGGACGGUGAAGGAGUAUGUCGGCGGCGGCGACUCCCCAUACGUCACCCUGUACUACCACAGCUUCGACGGAGAGCAAGGUUUCCCCGGGAACCUCGACGCGUACGUGACGUACCGGGUGUCGGGCCCGUACACGCUGGGCGUGCACAUGAGCGCGACGGCGCUGGACAGGGCGACGCCGGUGAACCUGCUGCUGCACGCGUACUGGAACCUGGGCGGGCAGGGCAGCGGGGACGUCCUGGGCCACGAGCUCCGGCUGCACGCGUCGCGGUACGCCGUGCUGGACGAGGAGCUCCUGCCUUCGUCGGGGCGCGUCGCGCCCGUCGCCGGCACGCCGCUGGACUUCCGGACGCCCACGCCCAUCGGCGCGCGCAUCCGCCAGGUCACGGGCGGGAAGGUCGUCGGGUACGACGCCAACUACGUCGUCGACGGGGAAGGGAUGCGGCCCGUGGCGCAGGUCCGGGACGGCGCGUCCGGCAGGGCGGUGGAGCUGUGGGCGAACCAGGCCACCGUGCAGCUCUACACCGGGAACUGGCUCAACCACACCCAGGGGAAGGGCGGCGGGGUGUACGACCAGUACGCCGGGUUCACGCUGGAGACCAUGGGGUACGUGGACGCAGUGAACCACCCCGAGUUCCCGUCUCAGACCCUGUUGCCCGGACAGGAGUACAAGCACGACAUGGUCUUCAAGUUCUCGUUCUAGCAGGUGCAUGGUUUGGUUUGAUGUACAACGUUCGUUAUUGGUGUUUGAGACGUACCUAGGCGAAUACUGAGGGUUUGAUCAGCUGCCCUGCAACAACAGAGUCAGUGGAUUUUUUU